AUGUCAUUUAAAAUCACUAGUGGUCUGGAAAAUCAGUUUCAGGAAGGUGUAAAUAUCCUGCUUUUAAUACUGAUAUCAUUUCUUGUUUUACUCAUAGUUCUAGGCAAUAGUAUUGUUAUGCUGGCUUUCAUUAUGGACAAAAGACUAAGAAAUCAGUCUAACUUCUUUCUUCUUAAUUUGGCUAUUUGCGAUUUUUUUGUAGGUGCAAUUACAAUUCCUAUGUAUAUGCCGUAUAUAUUCACUGGGAAAUGGAUGCUUGGAAGAUUUCUCUGCAAAUUGUGGCUAACUGUUGAUUAUACAACAUCAACUGCUUCUGCCUAUAGUGUUGCACUUAUCAGCUAUGACAGAUUUCUUUCUGUGACCCAGGCGGUUUUACAUCGUUCUGUACAAAAAAGACACAGGCAAACUGUUUUUAAAAUGGCAUUAGUUUGGAUAAUUUCCUUCCUCAUCUAUGGGCCAGCAAUUAUAUUCUGGGAGAUUAUUACUGGCACAAAUAAUGUUCCUCAUUGCACUUGCUGUGCUGGCUUCCUUGGCACAUGGUAUUUUCUUAUUGGUGCAUCCUCUUUGGAUUUUAUUUUUCCAAUGAUCAGUAUUUUAUUCCUAAAUUCAAGAAUCUACUGGAACAUUCAGAAACGCAACAGAAAGAAAAGGAAGAGUUCCUCAUGUCAAACUUUAGAGGAAAAGGAAACAGUUGGUAGUCCUUAUAUUAUAGCCACUAACAUUAUUCUAUCUUAUUCCCAAGCAAGUAGGAGAAAGGGAAAGAUGGUGGAAGAAGAAAGUAAAUCUCCAGUUAAUAAGAGGCAUAAUGUUUCUUUCACGCAAAACCUUAACAUACCAAACAAAGGCAAUGUCUUAGUAAUGGCACUAAACCGUGACAAGAAAGUUGCUAAAUCUCUUGCCAUUUUGGUUUCAAUUUUUGCCCUUUGCUGGGCUCCUUAUUCAUUCCUUGUGAGUAUCCGUGCUGCCUGCCAAGGGUAUUGUGUUGGUUCCCUCUGGUAUUACUACCAAGGCCUGCUCGGCCUUUACUGGGUUGAAUUGAGUACCAAAGAGGAAGCAGAGUUCAGGCAAGCUAGAAUAGUCCAAAGAGUAGUAUCCGGGAGGUUAAAGAGUCUCCAGGCACAGGUCAGUUCAGGCAGCAAACAGAGGAGUCAGAAUCAGGAAAGAAGGUCAGGAACCAGAAGAUCAGUCAGGAAAAGCAAUUUAGAGUGCAACAAAAGUCCUAUAUUUGGGCAUUGA